AAGACAAUAUAAACCACGUGAAGGAACGUAGUGAACCCGAGCGUAUAAGUUUUCUUCUCCUCACUCGUCGUCACUCCCCUACUUAUCAACUUCUUCUUCUCAGCUCGGAAGUUUGUUACCGACGGUGAUUUAUCGAAACAGAGUCUCGCCGGUUUUCUAGAACUUGAAUCUUUUCUUUCUCAGUGAAAGAGAAGAUGAAGAUAUUUGUCAGAACUCUGAAGGGUGCUCGCUUCGAGAUCCAAGUCGAACCCGAGGAUUCGGUUGCUGAUGUGAAGAAGAAGAUAGAGACGGUGCUGGGAGUUACUGCUGCAGAACAAUUGCUUAUUCACAAAGGGAAAGUGCUUAAAGAUGAGACAACAGUAGAGGCUAACAACGUUUCCGAGAAAAGCAUUAUUGGCGUUAUGAAGAGUAACACUCAGCAGAUUCUUCAGAUGGCCGGAUCAAGAGCCUUGAGCCGUGAAGAGAUUGUUAAUGCACCCUAUUUCGAAUUUAAUGACAUCGAUAAAGCUUUAGGUUAUAUUUCCUUUGAAGAGCUCCCGGUGCAGAUUGAAGAUCAUUUCAAAACGGAGGAUCAAACUCAUGAAGAACGUGAGACUCGUCCUUCAGUAGCCGACCUAGAACGGGCACUUGAUUUCUCGCGUUACACUGAACAGUACGAGGAUCUACGAGAUAUGGCGCAAUCAAACCCUAGUAUCGGAAAGGAUUAUGUAGAGAGGCUAGAGCAAUACAAUCCGGAGUUGUUUCGGUUUAUUCGAGACAACAAAGCAGACUUCUUAUGCUUACUACUUGAAAGAGGAGCAGGUGGCAACGAAGUGGAGCAGCCGCCUGAGGAACUCCAAGCAGACAAAACCAACAAACCAAACAACGGAGAAGGAGAUGGUGGCAACCUGGUGGGAGAGUCUAAAGAAACUGAAGUUGAAGUCGCCACCCCUGAGGAUUAUGAAUUGAUUGAACGGCUGGAAGCAAUGGGAUUUGAGAGAGGUGAUGCGGAGGUGGCGUACUUCUCCUGCAACAAGAACGUACAAGAGGCUGCAAACCAUCUUCUCGGUGACAACUGACAAGCACGAGCCUCGAGAAUAGCACCACUAAACCAUGAGCUUCUUUCUUGACUCGCAAUGGUUACAUUUCUUUUUCUAUCGAGAACCAAAUGUCUUGUUCUGUAACCUGGUUUCUUUUGCUCUGGUUACACAUUUGGGAUGAUUGAUGUGUAUACUACUACCUUUAGCUUCAAAAAAGACUUGAGAAGAAGAUUAGCCAGAUAUGUAGUGAAGCACUCAAAAACGCUUUAGG